CUGCUGUGGAAAGAGGAAAAUUUGUUUUCUGCUUCUCAUUCUUGACAGCUUGUCUGCGACCGGGCAGCCGAUGAAAGUUAAUGUAGCGAAUUAGAUAUUCAACCCAACGCUUCGACGGUACAAACUCUGACUGGGAUGGUAUCAUGGAGAGAGACAAUCAUCAAGAAGGAGAUGCAGAGGGAGUGAAGAUUUGUGAUCCACCCUCUGAGAGUAAUCUACCUGCUGACACCUUGGCUACUUCUCUCUCCCUCUUGGGGAAUCACAUGUUUCCUGAUCCAGUGGAGAGAAAUGACAGUAUCAGCGUUAACACAGAGGAGACUGCAGAUUCACUCCCAUCAGUUGUUUCGGCAGAAGAGCAGAGUCUGGACGCGGACCCCCAUUCUAACCAGGUAACAAAGCCAAAUGCGGAGGAGACUGAAAACUCAGAGUGUCAGAACAAUGUGUCCACCGCGCCGUGUGACGGAGAGACUGAGGAUGCAAGCGCUGACAAUGACCAGGGCGACUCUGGGGAGUUUGUCGUUACAAUGCUGGCCAAGGCCAAGCUGGAGGAGCAAGGCAUAGGCGUGAAAGGACGGUCAUCUCCCUUGUUGGAGGCAGGCACCCAGGAAUCUCCUGCCUUCAUGUCUCACCGCGAUGAAGACGUGACGGCGGACAGCUGGAGGCAGCACAGGAAGCAUGUUUUUGUGCUGAGUGAAGCAGGCAAACCCAUCUAUUCCCGAUAUGGCAGCGAAGAGGCUCUUUCAUCUACAAUGGGAGUCAUGAUGGCACUGGUUUCCUUUGUUCAAAGUGGAGAUAAUAUCAUCCGCUCAGUCUAUUCAGAGGAGCACACCGUGGUGUUCUUGCAGAAAGGGCCCCUUGUUCUGGUGUGUGUCUCUAGCAGUCAUCAGUCCGAGCGGCAGCUGCGUGGAGAGCUCCUCUAUGUGUACUAUCAGAUCAUCAGCAUGCUCACCCAGGCCAGCAUAUCCCGCAUCUUUGAACACAAGAAAAACUACGACCUGAGGAGACUCCUGGCAGGCUCAGAGAAGAUCCUGGACGGCCUUCUCAACUUGGUGGAUUCUGACCCCAGCUUCUUGCUAGCAGCAGUGCACUGCUUGCCUUUAGCUUCCUCUCUCAGGGACUCUCUCAGCCAGAUUCUGCAGAAAGCGAUCACCCCCAAUCUGGUUUUCUCCAUCCUCAUUGCAAAGAACCAGCUGCUCACCAUCGUCCAAGAAAAGACGGUCAUCGAGGACACCAGGCUGGAGCCCGCUGACGUCCACCUCCUGCUCAACCUCAUCGGAGCCUCCUCUGCCUUUCAGGCAGGGGAGAUCUGGACUCCCAUCUGUCUCCCCCUCUUUAAUCCUGACUGUUACUUUUAUGCAUACAUUUCUUACCUGGACCCUCCAGAAUGCACUGUUUGUCUGCUGCUGCUCUCGACAGACAAGGAGGCUUUCUAUGCUGUAGCUGAGUGCAAGAGGAAGAUAGAGGAGGCCAUGGUGGCUCAUAACUCACUGAGCCUCAUUGCUAAAGUCCAGUCGUACAGCGUGAGCCAGGUGGGCGUCUCAGACCUCAGACACUUCAUGUACAAGCCCUUUGAUGUGCCAGACAACUACCGCCAGCUCACUCAGUUCACCAGCCCAGAGAUGGAGGCACCUUACAGCAGCGAAGAGGAGAAAAUGAGACUGCUGGACCUUUAUCGUUACAUGCACAGUCGCAUCCACAGCACCUCACGACCCCUCAAGCUCAUCUACCACGUUGCUGAGAGGGAGACUCUGCUAGCCUGGGUCACAAGUAAAUUUGAGCUAUACACCUGCUUCAGUCCUCUGGUGACAAAGGCCUGCGCCAUCACUGCCAUCACUAAGCUUCUGAGGUGGAUUAAAAAGGAGGAGGACCGGCUCUUCAUCAGAUACCCCCCAAAGUAUUCAACCACUCCAAACCCCAGCAAGAGCUCUCGAGGCGGCAAAUCUGACCAGCAAGACUCCACAGAUAACGGCUUCUUAUCGCUUCUAUAGGACUGUCCUCGUGCUGCUAUAGUUGCUCUGCCUCAUUCAACAAUAGUUUGUACACUGGUUCCAAAAUAUUUUUGAACCCUCUUUUGACACUCGUUGGACUUUGACAGACUUUGACUACUGGAAUCAAACACUACGUUUUACACUAUUUAAGAAGGAACGACCUCUUUCAAGCUAGUAUUAUUUCUUUACCUUAACAAGAAAGCAUGUCAUUGCAUCACUGCUUUCAAUCUGAAAGAGUCAGGGCAAAACAGCAUUAGUUCGUUUUAAAUUAAACUGUGGUAGAAAAUAAUUGCAAUGAUAUUUAACUGUUUUUAUAUUGUUUUAUUACUGCAACAUGAGAGAAAUUUUCCUCACGGACAGUGAAUGUAUCACACAGAUUACAGUUCCUGCAUAUGCUACAACUAUUCAUUGCUUCUUUUCCUGUGUAAGCUGGGGAGUAAAAUUUAGUCAGACUAAAUCUCACAUGAAGACAGGAUAUGCAAGAAAUGAAAGUAUGUUGUUUUUUGGCCUCAACAUAAACUGGAAUAACAACUGGAACUGCCAUAACAGGGAUGGGCUACCAUGUGUCACGCAGGGCCAUGAACUAUUUGUCCUCUAUGAAUCUGGUUACGCAUCCCUGUGACAGAACUUGAAAACAUGGUGUUGUUUCAUAUCUCACUGAUGUUUCUACGCAAAUUGAAGUGGUCAGGUUUCAUUCGUGUUACAUUAUGUGCAGAAGUCAAGUAGGGAAUCCCAGCCUGUUACACCUGAUCACUUCACAUUACUGUCAUUGUUAGUGUUCUCAUCGUUAGGAGUCAAAUCCUGUUAGUUUGAACACCAUCUGUUAAGCUAAGAAGAUGCCACUGAGCUCCCGCAAUGUUUUUCUGCGGAUGGUUGUUGUACAAUUAUCAGUCGACACUUAACGUAGUGACUUCAGGCGACUUAUCUUUUUGGAUAAUAGUUUUGUAAAGAUGGUCUAAACACAGUAGCCUCAUCCUUGUGUCCUUUGAGGAGUUUCCUGUCAAUUCAAGUCUUAAGAGUAUGUCAGUAGUAUUAUGAAAUAAAUCCCAGGUUGCACAUAUCUGCACUUGUCCCAUUGAAGUAGAGAUGUUGUGAAUAAGCUUUGUUUUUUUUUUAAUCUACAAGGAAAUGACAAAAUAAUAUUAACGCUUGAUUUUGCGGGUCUGUAAAUUCUGUAAUAAUUUUCUGUGAUUUUUCUGGGAGGGAACUAUUCCAUUUUGUGCAAAUUAUGGGAAAAGUCGAAGCAGUUGAUAAACUUCCAAUUAAUUGCUUGUGUAACCUUGAAUCUUGUAGGCAGUGAGCUGAACAUACAAUUCUAGGAAAUUUGUCUACAGGCGGGCAUUCAGUUGAACAGAUAUGAAGAAUAACGUUUGCAGUAAUGAAUAAAUAUUUACUUGGAUUUCAAUGCAGCUGCUCUGUCGAUGAAUUGUACUAUUCCUUCCGGGAAACAUCUGGGAACACUAUCAGGAAUUAAAAGACCCAUAAAAUCAAGUUUUACCAACAUGUA